AUGAACAGCUUCAUUGUUACGGUCCUCAUCUGGACCACAGUGGCAUAUGCUGAAGAUGAGAAAGCACUUGAAGAGAUCCAUGAGUAUGGUUUCCAAAAGUGCCAGAAUGCUCUGCAUCUACCCGUUUUGGAAGUCCUACCUGGAGGAGGCUGGGAUAACCUGAGGAAUAUAGACAUGGGACAAGUGGUGGACUUGACAUACACCAACUGUCAGACCACAGAAGACGGACAGUACAUCAUCCCCGAUGAAGUCUUUACUAUUCCUCAGAAAGAGAGCAACCUGGAGUUGAACUCAGAAAUCCUGGAAUCCUGGAUGAAUUACCGAAGCACCACUUCAUUUUCCAUCAACAUGAAUCUCGAUUACCUUCCCAAAGUCAGCGGCAAGUUCUCUACUGAGUUCCAAAGGAUAAAGACCCGUCAGGUGAGAGACCAUGCUAUAACCACACGAGCGCAGGUGAGAAAUUUGGUCUACACAGUGAAAACCAACCCAAAUGCAGAACUCAGCUUGGGGUUUAAGAAGGAGCUCAUGGAAAUCUGUGACCGUCUAGAGAAAAACCAGACAAAGAUGGCCACUUACCUAGCGGAACUCUUGGUCCUCAACUAUGGCACACACAUUAUCACUAGUGUAGAUGCUGGGGCUGCACUGGUUCAGGAGGACCAUGUAAAGUCUUCCUACCUUAAAAACCAUGAGGGUAACCGUGCUGCUGUGGCUGCAUCUGCUGGAUUUACCUUUGCAAAGGUUGUGAACUUCAAACUGGAGACAGGCUUUGAGUAUCAAAAUAACUUGGCCACAGGCUAUCUUCAAAACAGAACCAGUUCUAGGGUUCAGAGCAUUGGAGGAAUUCCCUUCUACCCAGGGAUGACCAUUGAAACCUGGCAGAAUGGCAUCACUAACCACCUGGUGGCAGUGGACCGUGCUGGCUUGCCUCUGCAUUUCUUUAUCAAGCCUGAAAAGCUGCCUGGUUUUCCACACCACUUGGUGGAGCAGCUGGCGAAGACAGUGGAAACUGCUGCGAAAAGCUAUUACAACUUUAACACAUACCCAGGCUGCACAAAUAUCAACUCCCCCAACUUCAAUUUCCAAGCCAAUACAGAUGAUGGCUCCUGUGAUGGUAAAGUAGUCAACUCUCCCUUUGGAGGGGUUUAUCAGUUGUGUGAUCAAUUAUCAGGGCAAGUUAAUAUUGACAUGUGCCUAGAUUUCCAUCAGAAGAAUCCACUUACUGGUGAUUUCUCUUGUCCCUCUGGCUACACCUCUGUCCAUCUGCUCUCUCAGACCCACGAGAAGGGUUAUAUUGAAGUGCAAUGUAGAGAUAAAUGUACCCUCAAGAUAUUCUGUCAUACAACGUGUAAAGAUGUGUUCCGAGUGGCCAAGGCUGAAGUUAGAGCUUAUUGGUGUGUGGCCAAUAGCCAAGUACCUGUCAACUCGGGAAUUCUCUUUGGAGGAGUCUUCACUGACAAGAGCAUCAACCCUAUGACAAAUGCGCAGUCAUGCCCAGCCAGUUACUUUCCUCUGAAGCUGUUUGAGAACCUCAAGGUAUGUGUUUCUCUGGAUCAUGAGUUGGGGCCCAAAUCUUCAGUCCCCUUUGGUGGGUUCUUUAGCUGCACAAAAGGGAACCCCUUGUAUGAUUCUGCCACACCUGGAGACUUAGAGGAAUCAUUUCAGCAAAAAUGUCCCGGGGGCUUCAGCCAACAGCUAGCUGUGAUCGUUGAUGGAUGCCAAGUGUCCUACUGUGUCAAGGCUGGAAUCUUUACAAAAGCAUCUCUGACUCCUGCUAGGCUCCCACCUUACACUCAGCUACCUAUUACUGAGUUUUCCACCGACCUAGUUGAGAUGACAGGUGAGAGUGCCCAAUUCUGGGUUAAGGACCCUUAUACCCUGCAAUGGAGACUAGAGGAGCCACCAAAAAGUGGUCGACUAUCAGGAGGAGCAACUGCUGGAAUCACAGUUGUGGUUAUCCUAGCAUUAGGAAUUUUAACUGCCAUGGCCAUCUAUGGCCACCGGAGGUUUAAGAAGAAUGAAUCCAAUGAAGUUCCAAGAAGGCAGAUGUUUCUUCCUUUUCCAAGAGCUAGAGCCACCCCUGGUAUAGUACAGGACCCAAAUCCAGCUUAA